UUCCUGAUUUAUUUUUUGAUUGACAAAAUUAUAAAAACUGGUCUAAACUGGAGUCGGUUUACUAAUACAGUUCACUGGCAUAGCUAAACUCUUAAGCCCUCCUAGAGUAGAUGUAAUUUAUGCUGGCAAAAGUGCUUUUGCAGGUAUAACUUAUGCAGGUUACCAGAGCAAAACAAACUACACCUGCAAAAAAACAUAUUUACACCACUAUAACUGUCUACAGAAGGGCAUUGGCAGGUAAAGAAAUGAAAGAAAAACCAUGCUUCUCUAACUGGUGUUACUGCAAUUGUACAUGUAUCUAAAGUAGGCCCCCAGCCGAAUCCAUGGGCUUUGUAAUACUUUGUUCACAUGGAUCUGAUUGCAGGACUGCGGCAGACAUCCUUCACCUCCUCAUCCCCCACACUGCUUUACUGUGUGCAUACAGAAGCUGUGUUUAAACUGGACCUUUAGGUUGCAAAAAAAACCUUUUUCCCUUUUCUGGCACAUGAACCAUUCUCCUUUAUUUUUGUAUAAAAAUAACCAUCAAACAGGUUCCUUAACUAUUGCCUUUAAUCUAGCAGGAAAUAGCUAGAACUAAAAGGCUGCUAAUUGCAUGAAAACCAAUGUAGACAACAACUGAUGAUUGAUUUGCUGGGUUGUUUGUUAGGGUUUUUUUAUAACAUGCUAAAUUUAUUGUUUGUAUUACUAUGGUGCCCAUGAAGCUUGGUUGUAAACCAGAACUUUCUUGUGCUGGGCACUGGACAAACGGGGCACGAACAUACUCCUUGCUUCAAAGAAUUUAAGAAGCAAGAGACAGACACGGUUGAUGCUCAUGUAGGGGUCUAUAAAAAGAAAGGGUGGCAAUUAUUGCAUCGGUGUAAUCGUGUGGUUGGUCCUAUCUUGGGUCACAGACUUGUGUCUCCUUACGGAAGAGGUGGAAAUAGAAACAUUUUUUUUAAAGCUACUUGGAUCACUGGGGAAUCUGGACGCCUUAAACAACACGAUCAACUGUUAAAGUUAUAUGCAGAGGAACCAGGAACGCUACCUACAGGAGGAGAAACCGCAUCGCGAAAGCGAGGACGAGCAACUUGGCACGAGCUGUCAGUGCAAGGCAAUGGCAGACGGGCUGGCUGGCUGCACGCGCAGGGCUGGUGAGCGCGUGUGCAGGGCGCGGGCGAGCCCGGUACCCGAGCACGUCCAGCCCCGGGAGGCUGAACGAUUCAUACACAAUACACUGCUCUUAGCCCUCCAUUGGCUUCGGUUAUGUACAAGGCCAGUGACGACGAGGGAGUCGAUGGCAACAUCGCCAGCCGGGCGCUCUCCACUCCCGCAGACAAGAGAAGGGCAAGGGCCAGGCCCAGCCAGAGCAAGAGGCCGAGGUCAGCGCGGGGACGAUGGCAGGCCAGGGUCUUCGGGUGAAAAAUCGUCUAUUAGACCAGUGUCAAUAGUCGGAAACGUUUUUCUUAGCAAGCUGUAGGGUUGAGAAAACCCCUUCGUCUGGCUGAGGUCGGGGUGGGUGUGUUGGUCCUGGAGGGGACGGAGAGGUCCGGGGGUGACACCCCGCCCCCCGCAGCUGCUCCAGGCCUGGGUAGAGGCAGCUCUUUAAAAGCCCCCCACCCCGCUCCUCGGGCCCCGGGCCGCAGCGACACCACGACCCCGGGGGAGGGGCCGCCCGGCCUCCAUUUUAAACACCGAGCGGAAGCCUCCAUCUCCCGCUGCGCCCUUAGUAAAGAUGGCGCUGACGGCACGGCGCCUGCCCUUCAUUGGGUUUUUUUUCCCUCCCACCCCCGCUGCACAUGGCGGCGAGCGCGCUUCCGGCGCGGCCCACUUCCGGUUGUGGGAGGCCCUCAGGAAACAUGGCGGGCGGAAGCGGAAGUGAUGUCUGCCUUGUCCAGGCCGGCUGAGGGGAAGCGGCGGUGACGGGGUGCGCGCGGCGGUUGCUGGGUGACGGCUCCAUCAUGGCAGAAACCGCGGCCUCCCCGCUGAAGCACUUUGUGCUGGCCAAAAAGGCGAUUGCUGCAAUCUUUGACCAGCUGUUGGACUACGUCACCGCAGGAGCGAGUUUUGUGGAAGCGACAUACAGGAACCCAGAACUCAAACAUGUGGCAACUGAAGAUGAACUAGAAAAAAUACAGGCAUAUAAAAGCAAAUUGGCGGUCAUUGGUGAGGUGCUUUCACGGAGACACAUGAAAGUGGCAUUUUUUGGCAGAACAAGCAGUGGAAAGAGUUCGGUCAUUAAUGCAAUGUUGUGGGAUAAGGUACUUCCUAGUGGGAUUGGACACACAACUAACUGCUUUCUCAGUGUAGAAGGGACAGAUGGUGAUAAAGCUUAUCUCAUGACAGAAGGAUCAGAUGAGAAGAAGAGUGUCAAGACUGUUAAUCAGCUUGCCCAUGCACUUCAUAUGGAUAAAGACUUGGAAGCUGGCUGCUUGGUGCAUGUCUUUUGGCCCAAGUCAAAGUGUGCCCUCCUGAGAGAUGACUUGGUUUUGGUGGACAGCCCCGGCACAGAUGUCACUACAGAGCUAGACAGCUGGAUUGACAAAUUCUGCUUAGAUGCUGAUGUAUUUGUCUUGGUUGCUAAUUCAGAAUCAACUCUAAUGAAUACGGAAAAACACUUCUUUCAUAAAGUAAAUGAGCGGCUUUCCAAACCAAACAUCUUCAUCCUCAACAAUCGUUGGGAUGCUUCUGCCUCAGAGCCUGAGUAUAUGGAGGACGUCCGCAGGCAGCACAUGGAGCGCUGUCUGACUUUCCUAGUUGAUGAGCUCAAAGUUGUUGAUCCUGCAGAAGCACAGAAUCGCAUCUUCUUUGUUUCAGCCAAGGAAGUUCUGAGUGCUAGAAAACAGAAGUCCCAAGGGUUGCCAGCAGAUGGUGGUGCACUCGCUGAAGGGUUUCAAACAAGAUUCCAGGAAUUUCAGAAUUUUGAGCAAAUAUUCGAGGAGUGUAUCUCGCAGUCAGCAGUGAAAACCAAGUUUGAACAGCACACUAUCAGAGCUAAACAGAUAAUAGACACUGUGAAAGACAUUAUGGAUUCCAUAAAUGUGGCAGCAGCAGAGAAAAGAGUCUAUUCAAUGGAAGAGCGAGAGGACCAGAAAGAUAGGUUGGACUUUGUUCGACAUCAGCUGAAACUUUUAACAGAAGAUAUUAAGAGAAAAAUAAAGCAUGUGACCGAGGAUGUGGAGAGCAAGGUCUCAUCUGCUAUGACUGAUGAGAUUUGUCGCCUCUCUGUUUUGGUUGAUGAAUUCUAUGCUGAUUUUCACCCUUCUGCACAAGUACUGCAGCUGUAUAAAAGUGAACUCAACAAACAUAUAGAGGAAGGUUUGGGGAAAAACCUGGCUGACCGCUGCUCCAGUGAAGUCAAUCAGUCAAUGCAUCACUCCCAGCAGGAGAUGAUUGAAAAUUUGAAGCCGCUGUUGCCUUCUGGUGUUCAGAAUCAGCUCCACUUGCUAAUUCCAUGCAGGAAGUUUGACCUCAGCUACGACUUGAACUGUCACAGUCUGUGCGCGGAUUUUCAGGAGGAUAUCGCGUUCCGCUUUUCCCUGGGAUGGGCCUCACUUGUCAACCGCUUCUUAGGCCCGAAGAAUGCCCAGAGGGUGCUGCUAGGACUGGCAGAUCCAACCGUACAGAUCCCUCGUCCGCUAGCUUCCACUCCCUCCGCUGCCAGCAUUCCCGCUGUAACUCCAGAGACUGUGUCACAGGAGGAACUUAUGGUUACUCUGGUAACGGGUUUAGCUUCACUGACAUCACGGACCUCUAUGAGCAUCAUCAUUGUUGGAGGAGUGGUCUGGAGAACUGUAGGCUGGAAACUCAUCACCCUUUCCAUGAGCCUGUACGGAUUAUUGUAUGUCUAUGAGAGGCUGACCUGGACCACGAAAGCGAGAGAGAGAGCCUUUAAACAGCAGUUCGUAAACUACGCGACUGAAAAAUUGCAGCAGAUCAUCACUUUUACUAGUGCAAAUUGCAGCCACCAAGUGCAACAGGAAAUGGCCACGACGUUUGCUCGGCUGUGUCAGCAAGUUGACAUUACAGAGAAAAACCUGGAGGAAGAAAUCGCCAGACUAUCCAAAGAAAUAAACCAGUUAGAGAAAAUCCAGAGUCACUCAAAGCAGCUGAGAAACAAAGCCCUUCACCUGGACAACGAGCUGGAGCUUUUCACCAAGCAGUUUCUUCGGCAGAGCAAAUAGAGCGCGGUCCAGGAAACCGUGGGACGCAGCUGACGCAGUGCACUGACAGGAUUCUCCCUAGGGAGGCCAUGAAUUGACUUCUAUUUAUUAAGUUACUUUGAUUAUCCCUGUCAUAAUACUGUAAGGACCAGGUGUGGGCUUCAGCUGUGACCUGUUUAGAGCCCCUGGGGCACCGAGAGGGUUGUGGCCACUUGAUUAAUUGGCAGAUUUUGAUAAAUGAUUUAUAUUUAGUGACAAAUAAUUUAUUCUUCGGAUGCUCAACAAUAAAAGAAACCUUCCACUCUGGAUGGUGCCUGCCCAGGGCAAACCCACUUCCUGGCAUCCAGGAGGAAGGCGCCCGUCCCUUCUCUCUCCUUUGGGCUAGCAACAGCCACACUCACAUGCCUCCUUCUAAGGAAAAGGUGAACUUAGCAGGAGGGACGGGCUCCUUCAGCUGCUGAGCUAGGGCAGAACGGAUGUGUUUGGGGCUGCAGCUCACCCCCCACCCCGUUGUGUGACUUGUUCCAUGGAACCAAACUCAAUAGCUCCCCUUCUUGGUCCUGGACACUGGCCUGAGGGAAAGAUGUGAUUUGUUACUUGGAGGAGCAGUGUUUCCAGUAAGCUGGGUGCCCUCGGGCUGGCAAAGCUGAACCAGUGCCCCCUAGGCCUGCCCGAAUGGCAGAACAGCACUGCUGUAAUAGCCAUGUGAACCUGCACUUAGUGAGCGCAAAUUUCAGGUGAAUCUCACAUGUGUGAUCAAAGGUGAAAGCAAAGCUCUACGCGUGGGCUGCCUUGCCAAGUGGGUUUAGGAAUGGUUUGAAGUUAAGCAGCCCAAGUGGCUUGCAAUUUUGAGUUAGGCUCCUGCUGGUGGUUUGCUGGCCUCUGAACCAGCAACAGCGGAGACUGGAAAGAUCUUUCGUGACAUGAGGAGUUGUGGGUUCGGCUGCAGCGCAGCUUUGUAGCUCUCCAGGUUCUGUCCGGGAUUAAUGGGUACAAGAUGUGAAGAUCAAGGGAAAGGCAUUAGGGAAACUAUGUAGCUGUGCCCGACUGCUUUGUCUGUACUGGAAAAAUACCGGCUGCAGUGGGAAAACCAGCCUAGCACUGUCAGACUGUCAUCAUUGGGGUGCUUGUUUAUUUCAGACCUGGGUCUUUGGAAACCCGUGGCCACUGCACCCUCUCUGUUCUGGGUUUAAACACUUGAGCACAUGGCUAUUUUACUCUUGCUAGCCUGGCAAAAGCAACCCUCUUCCCCCCUACUUGUCCCCCAACUAAUAGAUAGUGGCAGUGAGUGUCAGGUGCUGCCUGCUGCAUCUUCAAACCGGAUAACCUGUAUUUUGUAAACAGGCUUUUUAAUAACUUAGUUUAGGGGGUGGGGAUAUUUAUAUAUUUUUAUGAAAGUAUUACAUUUUAAUUGAACAAAUUCAGGUUUAAAACCAAAAUGAAAUUAAAUGAAAAGUUGCUAUGGCUUUAGCCAGUUCAGAUUUUUUCCCCCAGUUGUUGCAGUGGUACUUGGUGUCAGCAAUCCUAACCUUCAAACAAAGGGCUGAUGAAAUGUAUUUUGGGGGUUUUUUUGAUAGCGACACACUUCAUUUUGAGGUCAGGAACCAACCACUCACUCCUGUCAAUUUGUUAACUUCUGUGCUUCAGCAUGGAGCUACAUAUUGCAUUAGAAGUAUUCCAGCGAUAUGAUUUUAUUCAUCUUCAUAUAAGGAAAGAUACCACUACACGCUGGUUACUUUGGAAACCUCUAACGUUCUGCAUGUGGGAUGGGACCGGUUAAAGGGCUGCUGUUCUGAGGCCAACUUCUUGUGAAAGCAGGAUGCCAACCCACCCCAGGAGUGGUACAGAAGCGAUGCAAGUGUACUUACGUUGCAGGUUGGUUUUUCAAAUCAUUUAGAGACGCUGUAGCACACUUUGUACACGCACGUGACUUACAGCUACUUGCAUAGUCAGUGAGAAAGCAACGCACCAAGGGGGCAGCCUUUAGCAGAUGGCAGCUGUUGUAGCUUCCAUCCUCCAUACAGCGAUCUUGUGUUUGAAAGGUCGUCAAUGCACUACAGCAUUUGUUUUAAAAUCAAAACCAGUGGCUGCUACGGGGGUGGUAUGUUUGGGGCUGAUUUGCAGCCUGGCUGCAGUCCAAGAAUUAGGCAAAGGUUUUCUUAGGGAGCCUGUGGCUCACAGUCAGGUUUCAGCAGGGGAAAGUCAAAGCACGAGACCCUAGGACUCAGGAUUGCUCCACGUGUGGAAACUGGAACUGACUGUGCAUGUGACAAUCAGUAUUGCUGUCCCCAGGUGCUUCACCCAGCUUGAGGGUGAGAGAAGGUUGGAGCCCUGUAAAUAAGGAAUAAAAUUCAGAAAUAUUUUUAUGGCAGAGUGGAUGUGGUUCUUUAAGAGGUCCUCUUUCUUACAUCUGCAAUAAAGAAAAGCGCAGCUGGUUUCUAGUCA